GGUGAAGUUUAGAAGAUUUCUAAAAACUGGUGUUACGUGUCUAUCGGUCAUCUAUAAUCAAAAUGAUUCCAUGGAAUUCAACGCUUCAAAUAUUCGAUUAAUGCCAUCUUCUAAGUCAAUACAGUCUAUACAAGUGAUGCAGGCUAUGUCAAUAUAAAGUGGACAAAUUUAUCAGAAAUUCUGCACAAUGAAAAAGUUCACUCUACCCUACCUGAAUGACAGUGAUUCAAACAAAAGCGUCAACAGUCUAGCCAAUAAUUCCGCCAAUUCAACUAUGCAGAUUGAACUACCAAAAAUUACAGAGUUGCACAUUAUUAUUACAGAUUUAAACAAACAGACCACAUUGAAAGUAAUCGGUGAUGCAAUUAUAUUAGAUAUUAAAAAGAAACUUUUGCAUACAUUCGGUUGCUUUUUAAACGAUGCACAGAACUGGGGCCUGUAUCAACCCGAUGAACCGAGUAGAAAGGGUAAAUUCCUUGAAGAAGAACGUCUUCUAUCAGAAUACAUCAGUGGAAAGAUAUUGGUUACCUUAGAGUUUAUUUAUAAGCGUCGCACUGUGCCACCAUUCAACAUCUCACCAGCAUUGAUGAGUAAAAUAUCCAAGAAUUUUGUCAAGACAUUUUUUCGAUAUGUAUCUCGAGGAGAAUGUCAAAAAGUGGAGAAACUGUUGUCCAAAGGCUUUGAUCCCAAUCUACACUGUCCAAAAACAGGAGAAACACCGUUGACAAUAGCAGUAACUCGAUCGAAACCAUACGAAAUGAUAUCGACGCUGAUCUCGGGGGGUGCACAUCGUGAUUUUUAUUCUUUGGCUGGUUAUACACCAUUGCAUAAAGCUGUGACAGUUGGCAAUUUUGAAGGUGUUAAGACAUUAUUAGAUUUUGGACAAUCACCAAACUGUUUAGACAGAUCUGGUCUAACUCCCCUAUAUUACAAUAUACUAUAUGAUCCAGAUACAAGAAUAUGUCACAGUCUGUUGUAUGAACACUCGAGAAUCGGUGUCGUAGACAAGGACGGUCUACAAGAAAUCCAUCAGGCUACGCGCCUUAAUCGUGUGGAACAAAUUAAUCUACUAUUAAUGUAUGGAGCUGAUGUGAACGCCCGUUGUAAACGUCCAAAAGAGAUUGUGAACAGUUUCAACCUUUGUAUACGUCCACAGUCAGUUGACGGAGAUACCCCACUACAUGUUGCAGCGAACUACAAUCAAAGAGCAGCUGUUUUGCGUCUUUUGUCUUGGGGUGCUGAUCCAACACUCGUGAAUGCCGACAAUAUGACGCCUAUACAAGUAGCACAAAAUAAUGGGAAUACUGAACUGGCUGAAUUAAUCCGAUUGUUUAGAGGAAGAAAAGAGUCGAGUGAUAUAUUCCUGCCUACUCCAACAUACAAUCCCCACAGACGAAUACGGCAGCCACCACCGAAUUCAUAUAUCACAGAACCAUCUAUUCCACAAAAUUAUUCUCUAAACAAUAAUAAUAACAAUAACAAUAAGAACAUCAAUUAUAAUGCAAAUGAAAAUCAAUCAAUCGAUAAUAAUCAAAUAAAUAAUCAAUUAUUAAAGGAGACUAGCAAUUAUACUACUACUGAUUUGCAUUUAAAUAUUACUGAAAAAAGUGCUACUUGUACAUGUGCAUAUGUUACUUCACCGUCCAAUAGGAUACUUGAUAGCCGACCUGUACAACGUGCAGUUUCAUUGGGUGAGUUACUUCAACCGAGUCCAUUAGAUGUAACAACACCAAAAUGGAAUGGUGCAUGGAAUUUAGGUCCAAGUGGAUUUAAUAGUCCAUGUAUUAUUGAUUAUCAUCAUGCGGUAUCAAAUGAUAUUUAUUGUGAUAUUACAAGAAAUAAUGAUGGAACAAGUUACGCAGGGACAUUAACGCGUCCAGUACAACUGAAACCAAGAAUUAAAGAAACAUCUGCAACCAAAUCUAAAGCGGACAGUCGUAGUCCAAGUCAUCAUCAACAACAAGACCAACAACAACAACACCACCAACAACAACAACGUCAACAAUGUCCUGCAUUUUCAAGUAGUAUAAGCAAUAAGUCGGUAAGAGAACGAACAAUAUCCAGGGGACAGCAAACAGACAUGUUGUAUGACUUUAUUACAUCUGCAGCUAAAGGAUUUCAACGUGAAGGUAGUCAAACAGAUAGCGGUAUCAGUAAUUCUUCAUGUCGACCAAGCAAUUUCGGCUCUUUGAAUAGACGACGAACAGAUUAUUCGAUAGAUAAGAAUGACAGUAAUGAGACUAACACUCAAGACGCUGCUAAGAGUAAAUACCAGGAGGAUGUUUUAUCUUCAUACGAAAAUUUCAGUCAAAAGAAUAUCAAUCGUAAUUCCGAUCGUCCGUUCAGUCAACAAGCAAGAGAUUCAAGUGAUGAUAAAUAUUGUUUAGCGCAAAAGAUUAAAGGACAAUCGCAUAACGGAAAGAUGGCGCAUAUAAAUGUACGUGAUUCUCGACAUUUACCAAGAUCAUCUACUAUGCAUGAGUAUUUAGAUUUAAAGUGUGCCGCUAAUUCAUCUGAUGCUGUACGUACAGUUAUCCUUGAGAGGUAUACAUAUUCUUCUAAUGGUUCAGACAAGAAUGAACAACGUUCUUCAUUUGGUUUAUCGAUUCGUACAGUUAAAAAUGCCUCAGUCAUUGCUGAAUUUACUCCGACUAUGAACAGACCAAGUCUACAAACUGUGAAACGUGUGGUAAUCGGCAGUCCUGCUGAAAAAGCUGGCGUGAAAGUUGGAGACUUUGUUUUAAAGAUAAAUGGUACAGAUGUGACAAGAGCAUCGCUAAAUCAAGUAGUUGAUCUGUUAUCGAGUUCAACAAGUGAUAGAGUAUCCUUAACACUGAUAUCGCCGAAGUGUUUAUCACCGUCUAUUCUCAAUAUAAACAAUGGAAAUACUGACGAGGAUUGUGCUGGGGUCGGUGGAGGUGGUGGUGGUGGUGGUGAGCAUUAUGUAAUCUCAAAAGGCGGCAGUAAUGGUAAUUCCAUCCAUUUAAUCAAUAAAUUCACACUGCCUGCACAACCUGUCAAGUCUAUCCAAACAGUGAGAAGUACAAAGUUAGUAAGACAUUCAACAGUCUCGCCGAUUUCAUCGGAACGAAGUUCAGAGAGAACUAAUGUAUCUUCAUUGAAUAGAGAUUCAUGCAUGACAGAUGAAGGUAUUUGGUGCCAGUCACCGAACACGAGUACAAAUGUAUCUGCCCGCAGUUCUUCCAGUAGUCGACAAGGACCGACAAUGAACACAACGAAACUCCCUAUAAAUCCAGGCAUACUACAACAGUCCUCUAUGCCAAAUAGUAAACAGAAUCUUGAAAUACAAUCUCACAGAGUACGAUUUCGUGGUUUACCAAGAUCUCAAACCACCACGGGUAUAUCAAAUGUUGAUUUGGAUAAAUCUGGUAUUCCUCUAACCAAUUCACUAUACUUUCCACGUCAUCCAAGAUUUCAUCGUGUCGGCUCAAAUGACUCUCAAGGUUCGUCUUAUUCCCCUUCGAAUUCUACUCAGUCAUCUAAGCCAAUAACUGAUGAUCUACGUAUAACUGACGGCAGACUGCACAGAAACCUUAGCAAUGAUUAUCCGUCGAAUACAAUGUCUAAAAUAUCCUCUAGACAGGCAAUCAGCCACCGAUCAUUUCCAGUAUCCGAUCAACAAUCCUCUCCAAUAAUUACAGGCAGGCCGACCCACCUUAUCAGACGACCGAUAUCGUUGAAUCCAGAGACACGAAAGAAGAAUAUGAUUUCUGUAUCGGACAAUGAAUCGACAUCCACGUUAACGCCAACAGUAGUAACUGUUGUAACAAAUGAAGCCAGGGGAACAGGCAGAGGAGUCUCGCCAACGAAUUCAGAACUGCUACUUCCACCGCCUGCUGAAUUCUCGGGUUAACUUGCUUAAAUUCUAUUUUUUUUUGACAUAUAAUGGUGUACACAAAUUUGAUUGUCUUUUUGGGGAAAUAAUUUUUGUCUCAGAGACUGCUAAAUUGAUUUUCACUUCCUCGUUUUGGUUGUUGUUGUUACUGUUAUUGUUGUUGUUCUAGUUACACUGGAAUAUUGUACAGCUGUGAUAUGAAGAAAUCAAUAAAUGUCUUGUGUUUUUUUAGCCAUACUUAGAUAUCAUUAGUGCUCACUAAUCACUAAUCGAGAUACACAUAUACACAUACACACACAAACAAGCUUCUUACACCAAGAGAAGUGAGAGAAACCUUUGCUAUUGCUAUACAUAUACUACAUCGUAAAUUUGAGAUUGUGUCCUUUUUGUAAUUGAUCAUUUACUUUGUGCACUUCCCACCAAGAUGCCUAGACUGCUUAUUUGACUUAUGAAGAGAGAGAGAGAGAGUUUGUACUAGUUAAUUAAUUGUGAUAUUAAAUUAUUUGAGCACAUGUAUUGUACCAUUUUGAUGCAUCUACCCAUAUCAUCACCUUGAUUGAUCACUUAAAAUCUUAUUGAAUGAUUCAAGAUUUUAGCUACAGUUUUUAACUUAUCCCAGACUGAUUCAGUAAUCAUACAUUCCCAGCUAGUUAUUGCUAUUUUACCCCGUUCUUUUUUUUGCACUUAGAGGUGUGCCACAUAUGUUUAUAUAUCUACCUAUUGCCAAAAAACACAUUUUGUCCUUUUUCUCUGCUUUAUUUGUAGUGUAUGUAUGUGUGUCAGUAAAUUUUCCUUCCAAAAAUAAAUUUUUAAAAAAACAACAAACAAACGACAAAACAACAAAAUACUGAGUCAACAAUUUUCCACUCCCUUCACAAUUGAACUUCCUUUGGUAUUUCAACUCCCCCUACUAGUUAGUAAUGUUUAUUUGUUUUUGUAUAAAUAUAUGCAUUUGUAUUAUGGCAAGUACAUUUAACGACCGGGGGCUUGUGAAGCGCUUCUCAGUGUGGUGGAAUUUUUGAAAUACUUGUGUGAUUCAUUUUUUUAUGCCAAAUUGUUGCCAACAUAUUGAUCAUGCACUUGUAUUAUUCAUAAGAAAUGCAUAUGCAUAUAUGUUUGUAUGUAUGUAGGCAUGGUGACUUUCCCCAUGAUCUUUAUUCUCUUUUCCCCUCUGUCCUUAAAUAUACAUAUAUAUGCAUUACCACCUACAA